GGCUCGAGGCAAGCAUCAGUUCAGAGAGAAGGUUGCAACUGACGGGAAAGAAGUGCAGCAGGGUGGUCUACCUGCCUUUGGGAAUUAUAAGAGUUGAAUGCAUGAGUCUGCCACUUUAUACAUAGGAGCUGGGCGUCAUUUACACAUAAUAACGAACUAGGGACUCUUUGAUUGUCCUCUGUCAAUUUUAAAGGAUUGUUUCAAUUUGCGGUUAUCGCAAUGAGUGCGACGGUUGCUUCAGAGAGCUGCUUUCUGUCCGCCCUACAGCCCAACACCGCGGUCACCACUUAUGCAGUCCCGUCCGAUGUGCAGUUGGGACCGAGGGGUUCCAUAAUGGACGAGGUGGAAAGGACUAAGAGGGUUCAACAACAAGUCCAUUUGCGCCUCGCCGAAAAUAGGUCCUCAUCUCUCACACGGCUGAACGGCUCGAACUGCAUCUCCCCAGGUGGGCAACUUAUUAUACAUUUUAGCAUGUGUCCCAUUUUAGAAAUAUGAGGCAUUUGUUUUUCAACUUAAACGCAUAAACGAAUUACCAGCUGUGUGUAGACCAGACCAAAGUUUUGGAGUUCUUUAAAUUACACCCUUAUGGAAGAUGGAUCAACCCUACACUUUCAACACCAGACCAGUCCAAACUUACUAUCAUCCGUUUUCCUUUGACGUACAAAACAUGGAAAAGGUCAUUUUAUCAUUGGUAGCCUAAAGACUUGUCAAUAUUGAUUGAUUAUUAUUGUAUUCUAAUCAGUGAAACUAGUCCUUGUCUUGGCAGACUGGUCUUGCUGGUACCAGAUGGGGUUAGUGGCUUAUAGUGUGGUGUGAGUAAUCAUACAGCGGUUUCCCCUAAGCCCCCUCCAACUCCCCAUCUAGGCUAUAUUACUCUCUCAUACAUACCAUAAAAAUGCAGCCCUGCAGGUAUUUCAUAACAUGCAGGGGCAAGGUAACACAUCUGAGUGUUCUGACCAAUGGUCCUCACUUCUAAAUAAAAUAAAAUAAAUAAAUUGGUCAUUUAGCAGACGCUCUUAUCCAGAGCGACUUACAGGAGCAAUUAGGGUUAAGUGCCUUGCUCAAGGGCACAUCGACAGAUUUUUCACCUAGUCGGCUCGGGGAUUAGAACCAGCGACUUUUCGGUUACUGGUACAACGCUCUUAACCACUAAGCUACUUCUGGUGUCUACAGAUGCUCAGCCAAACCAGUAAAGCAUUCAAUCUGUCUUGCCAGAUGCCAAACUUUCACAGUAAUUCUGUAUAUAAAACGUUAUUCAUACACAGCUGCUUUUACACAGAAUAUGUGAUAUUCUGGUAUUCUGAAAAAUCAUAACAUUUAGUCACAGUCAGGAAUCAUCACUGAAUGUGGCAAUGAACCAUAUUAUGUACGUGACAGAUUCCAUUUCAUGGGUUUGUCAUUCGCUUCUUACAAGGCUGUGGCACACAAGGCUUUAGUGAGAGAAGAUAAUUAUUGAAGAAAAGGGUAAUAUUUAGUCUUCAAACUUUUUAUCCUUGUGCUGACUGAUUUAACACUAAUAAUAGAAGGGGAAUUUAGCUGAAUUCCUCAAACUGGUUACACAGUUGGGACUGUGGCCUCUUUUAAAAGAGAAUGUUUUGAACACUAGAAUGAGAUCCUCAGGCAGCUGGUUUAGUGGGUCAGGUUUUUAGGAUGUCAAUUUCUGAUAGCUGACACCUUAUUACAUUAUUUCUUACAGGAUUGGGGAGGGAAAUGAUACACAAUACAGUAUAAUAUGAUAAAGUAUAAUGGUAGUUUUGAACUGCUAGUCAUGGUGGUUAUUGAUAACAUAAAGCUCUGAUAAAUAAAUAAAAUGGGACUCUGAUGUAUGGAACAUUCCUGUCCAUCCAUUCAGCUCUUCAGAAUUGGUUAUCAGAAGCACCAAGCUGCUCAGCUCAUGUUCUAUUUUGGACAGGGUUGAGUGGGUUGGGUUGGAUAUUGUGGCCAGAUGGCGUCUCAGAAAGAACUACGUGAAACCAACACAUAAAUCAGUCAGCUGCCUGUGUUUUGCAAUGAGAAGGCAAACAACUUGGGUUGGGAAAACUAUACUGUUAAUUAUAGUGCUGUUUAAACUGUAAUUAGAAAAAGGUAUUUUAAUUGAAAAACAGUGAUAGUAGGCCUAUUUCACUCAGCAGUGAAGUACAGUCCCAACAAUUGAUCAUAUUCAUGUGUGUGUGUGUGUGUGUGUGUGUAUGUGUGUAAGUGCGUGUGUAAAACUCAUAAUGGAGGGGGUAUCAGGAAUACAAUGCAGUCUAUUUGACAAAAGCUUAUGUUAUGGCAACUCCUAUUCAAACUCAACAGGGGGCUAUAGAUAAUACUGUCUCAAAUGACUUACAACACUAUAUUAUCACACUGUUGCCAUGGUAAUACAGUGAAAACAUACAGUACUUGUAUACACCGUAAGAAAAGCAGAUUUUUAUGACCUAAUGUUCAGACGUCCUAAAGGUAGAGUAACACUGAUCUGCAAAGUAGUGGACAGAGCUCAGCUCUCACACGGUGCAGAGACAACUUUGUGCAUGCAGGGAAUUAGUUUAACGAACCUCCCCUUGGGUGUUUUUUUCUAUCACUAUUAAAAGUUUAUGAGUUAAGAUAUACAUAAAAGGUCCGGUAUUAAUAUCGAAUUGAAGUGAGCGUCUGUAGUCAGCGUAAAAAAUGUUUUUGUAGCCGUUUCCUGUGAGUAAGUAGACACUCUUUUGACAUGGAAUUGGCCUGUUCAGUGUCAACCCUCAGGCAUGCAAUCCUCCCACACAGUUUAGUUGACCUCUCUCAGCCCCUGCUAGGUCACUCUGCCAGGAAUCAGCCUCACUGGGACAUAUCCACUCAGUUAACCCUCACUAUACCAUAUUAGUUAAGCUAUAGUGUCAACAUUACUUUCUAGUGUUCAUUAUUAACUUGUCCAGUAUGAAAUGCCAGGGUCAGUUUUAAUCACUCUCUCACAAAAAAAGAGUAUCCCAAAGGUAUACUAGCCUGCUUGCUUAGUCCAACAUAAUCCUGUCUCUUCCCUCAAUGUUUCUAUAUCUCAAUACAGUGCAGCUCCAGUUUCAGGCUAAUCCACUCUAAAACAUGAGGUAUUGUGCAAUAUCUCCCUAGGUGUGUCUUUACAUUUCUACAUGUUUGCUGCUUGUCUUGGUGUACAGCUGAGGCUGAUGUUGUUGUUGUUUUCUCAUGCACAAACAUAGUAACCAUGAGUCCAAAUAGUAAAGCAAGUGGCACAAAGCUAAUCAGAGUCAUCCUUUGUCACACUGUUUGGUAACAAGAACAGGUGCUUCACUGAUAUGUAAUUAGACUAAUUACGAAGUUGUAAUCUCAGGAGAAAAUUGUGGUUGCCUUCUCUGUCUAAGACAAAGUCUUUCUCUAUCCACAUGUAGACCAUGGUGGCACAAUGAGAUAUAACACGUACAACCCCGGAUUCAGCUCUAAGUCAAUGGUGUAUAACACAGGGAGCAGGACCAUGACGGUGAGUACUGUAGGACUUCAUAUUUUCUAAUGUUCAGUUGUGUUGAUUUUUGUCUUCAUGAUAAACCCUAAUCUAACAGCCCCAAAGUCCUGCUUUUCUAGCUGAAUGCCAUGCAACCUUUGUCCCUUAUCUAAACCAGGGGAGAUAUGCGUUAAAAAAAAUAGACGAUAAGCUCCACAGUCCUACCACAGUGACACACUUCACAGCUGCACCCUCACAGCACAUACAUGCAGUAUUUCACAGGAUCCUAUCAUGACUGUGUUUAGAUGAGACACAGGAACAAGAAUCACGACAGGAUUCUACUGGCCAAAGAGUCUUAAAACAUCUUACCGAUGACCUCAUUUUUAGACUAGACAGUUUGGCCAAUGUUUGCUUUUUUGGGGAUUAUUGUAGUGUAGAUAGUUAAGUCUAACAGUGUCCUCUCUGUAUGUCCUCUAGAUGCCCCCGGUAUCCCAGCAGUACUUGGGUGGUGGGUACUCGUCUCGCUCAGCGGUGGAGUUAGGACCCAGAUACAGAAUCAACCAGCCUCCAGUCAACACUGGCUACCACCACCAUGACGACAUCCAGCUGGGUGGCUACCAGACUAGCCGGGCGAGGACCACCAGGUCCAGAUCAAUGUGUCAGGCUGACCAAGAGGCAGUGGCUCUGGGUGUGGGAGGCCUGCUCACCCUGCCCCACCAGCAGCCCAACCCUGUGGCCAGCUGGGUGGCCCGGGAUGGCAUGGCCACAGAAUGCCACUCCUACCAUGGUGGAGGUAUACCCACCCCAGCAACGAUGAGGCGCACCCUCAGUGGAACCCUGGCGGGAGGCGGUGGCGGAGGGUGGAGGGAGGCGGAGCUAGUUUACCAGCACUCCUACAAAGGCCCCGCCCACCGUACCAUCAGUCGCAUCAACAACAGACAACAGCAGCAGCAACAUCUGAGCUCAGCGUCGGGGCUGCAGCAGUGGCAGCAGGUGUCUGGCGGGAGCCAGUGGCAGUGUGUACGGAGGUUGGGGGCAGUACCAGAACUCCCUGCCCCGACCAGCCUCCCUGCACAGCAUGAAGAGUGUAGGGAAAGGCAUGGACGUGCCUGAUGGGGGCAGGGAUUCAGCUGACGGCAACGAGAAACUCGGAGGGUGAGAGAUGCGUGGGCUGUUCAAAUCUCCUGCAAUAUCAAAGGGACAAACUUAGCCCUAGGUACAUUAUGUUCUUAUUCCAUAACUGUUAUAGGUUUCUGAUUAACCUCACUCUCCUUUGCCUCCCUGGUGUUUGUGGACAGAAUGCACAGUUUAGACAUGCCCACUGCAGUCAGCUACCUCUUCAUGUCCGACACAGCCAUGCAGGUGCUGGGAGCAGCCUACAUCCAGCACCAAUGUUACCAUAGCAGUGAUGCCAAGAACCAGGUACCAGCUCCUUCUCAAUAAAUAGCCAUUUACAGUAACAUACUUCAUUGCCCAAAAUUGAAUUUACAGCCCUACUGUUUAAACUAAACAGAGUUCUCCAUGCUGAGCCUGAUAGUCACAUAGACUAGUCAGUCAUCCACCUGUGUCUCCCCCUGACCCACCCUGUCUACAGGUGCGUCUGCUGAAGGGUGUCCCAGCCCUGGUGCAGCUCUUCAGCAGUGACAGCCAGGAGGUCCAGCGCUACGCUACAGGCGCUACACGCAACCUUAUCUAUGAGAACAUGGACAACAAGGCGGCCCUCAUUGAGGCUGGGGGAAUAGCCAAGCUCAUCAGUGUGCUGAACGAACCAGAUGAGGAGCUUCGCAAGAACAUCACUGGUAAGAUCAUCUAUAUACUGUAACAAUCGGCUUGGAUCUCAAACUAAGUUACAAUUUUAAAGUUCAAGGAAAUACUGUGUCAAUAUGAGAGCAACAAAAGCAAAACAGUAAAAGUGACAUGAGGUGAGCAGAAGAAGCAUACAGUAUAUUGUCAUCAAUCAGAGAUUCAUAUCAACACUUUCUUUCAAUUAGAGUCCAACUUAAAGUUCAAAUCCCAAAUAGAAUCCCAACCAAAAUAAUAUAUUUUUAGUAGUGAUGGGCACCGAUAUGGAAAACUACACUGCUCAAAAAAAUUAAGGGAACACUAAAAUAACACAUCCUAGAUCUGAAUGAAUGAAAUAAUCUUAUUAAAUACUUUUUUCUUUACAUAGUUGAAUGUGCUGACAACAAAAUCACACAAAAAUGAUCAAUGGAAAUCAAAUGUAUCAACCCAUGGAGGUCUGGAUUUGGAGUCACCCUCAAAUUUAAAGUGGAAAACCACACUACAGGCAGAUCCAACUUUGAUGUAAUGUCCUUAAAAAAAGUCAAAAUGAGGCUCAGUAGUGUGUGUGGCCUCCAUGUGCCUGUAUGACCUCCCUACAACGCCUGGGCAUGCUCCUGAUGAGGUGGCGGAUGGUCUCCUGAGGGAUCUCCUCCCAGACCUGGACUAAAGCAUCCACCAACUCCUGGACAGUCUGUGGUGCAACGUGGCAUUGGUGGAUGGAGCGAGACAUGAUGUCCCAGAUGUGCUCAAUUGGAUUCAGGUCUGGGGAACGGGCGGGCCAGUCCAUAGCAUCAAUGCCUUCCUCUUGCAGGAACUGCUGACACACUCCAGCCACAUGAGGUCUAGCAUUGUCUUGCAUUAGGAGGAACCCAGGGCCAACCGCACCAGCAUAUGGUCUCACAAGGGGUCUGAGGAUCUCAUCUCGGUACCUAAUGGCAGUCAGGCUACCUCUAGCGAGCACAUGGAGGGCUGUGCGGCCCCCCAAAGAAAUGCCACCCCACACCAUGACUGACCCACCGCCAAACCGGUCAUGCUGGAGGAUGUUGCAGGCAGCAGGCGUCUCCAGACUCUGUCAUGUCUGUCACAUGUGCUCAGUGUGAACCUGCUUUCAUCUGUGAAGAGGACAGGGCGCCAGUGGCGAAUUUGCCAAUCUUGGUGUUCUCUGGCAAAUGCCAAACGUCCUGCACGGUGUUGGACUGUAAGCACAACCCCCACCUGUGGACGUCGGGCCCUCAUACCACCCUCAUGGAGUCUGUUUCUGACCGUUUGAGCAGACACAUGCACAUUUGUGGCCUGCUGGAGGUCAUUUUGCAGGGCUCUGGCAGUGCUCCUCCUGCUCCUCCUUGCACAACGGCGGAGGUAGCAGUCCUGCUGCUGGGUUGUUGCCCUCCUACGGCCUCCUCCACGUCUCCUGAUGUACUGGCCUGUCUCCUGGUAGCGCCUCCAUGCUCUGGACACUACGCUGACAGACACAGCAAACCUUCUUGCCACAGCUCGAAUUGAUGUGCCAUCCUGGAUGAGCUGCACUACCUGAGCCACUUAUGUGGGUUGUAGACUCUGUCUCAUGCUACCACUAGUGUGGCGCAGUGGUCUAAGGCACUGCAUCGCAGUGCUAGCUGUGCCACUAGAGAUCCUGGUUCGAAUCCAGGCUCUGUCGUAGCUGGCCGCGACCGGGAGACCCAUGGGGCGGCGCAUAAUUGGCCCAGCGUCAUCCAGGGUAGGGGAGGGAAUGGCCGGCAGGGAUGUAGCUCAGUUGGUAGAGCAUGGCGUUUGCAACGCCAGGGUUGUGGGUUUGUAUCCCACGGGGGGCCAGUAUAAAAAUAUAUAUAUAUAUAUAUAUAUAUAUAAUUGUAUGCACUCACUACCUGUAAGUCGCUCUGGAUAAGAGCGUCUGCUAAAUGAUAAAAUGUAAAUGUAAAGCACCGCCAGCAUUCAAAAGUGACCAAAACAUCAGCCAGGAAACAUAGGAACUGAGAAGUGGUCUGUGGUCACCACCAGCAAAACCAGUCCUUUAUUGGGGGUGUCUUGCUAAUUGCCUAUAAUUUCCACCUGUUGUCUAUACCAUUUGCACAACAGCAUGUGAAAUGUAUUGUCAAUCAGUGUUGCUUCCUAAGUGGACAGUUUGAUUUCACAGAAGUGUGAUUGACUUGGAGUUACAUUGUGUUGUUUAAGUGUUCCCUUUAUUUUUUUGAGCAGUGUAUAUAAAUGCCAUUUGCUUUUUUCUAACCGAUAUCAAUAUCAUAUCAGUUUUAUGAAUAACAUUGCUACUGUGUGAAUGUUUUAUUUUCUGUUUACUUCUACGGCUUAUGAAGUCCAGACAACUGCUUGCUGAUUGCUCAUUGCGCCAAGUGUGAAUGUUCUAGGGGCCUAACCUACCCAACCACUUUGGAUACAAUGAAAAGCCUGUUGAUGCCCCAUCAGCAGGCAGUUAAGUAUGUUAAGUUGAGAGGGUUUUGUGCCUGCAGGAAUAGUCAUGUAUGUUAAACAUUUUUACAUAAUUGUAUAGGGUAACAGCAAGCAUAAACCGAUAUCGAUAUCAUAUCGAAUUAUCAAUAUUGUUGCCCACCACACAUUUUUUGGCAAUGUAUUUGUAUCACUCAGGUGCUGAAGAUUCUGUCAAAUACAACAGAGGCUAAUUCUAGUCUGCAGAGAUAGAAUCUGUCUGUACACAGGUUGAGCAUGUGGAUAGGUAGUAACUAUGUACAUUUUAGUCAUUUAGCAGACGCUCUUAUCCAGAGCGACUUACAGUUAGUGAAUACAUAUUUUUAUAAAUUUUAUUUUUUUCAUACUGGUCCCCCGUGGGAAUCGAACCCAUCAACUGAGCUACAUCCCUGCCGGCCAUUCCCUCCCCUACCCUGGACAACGCUAGGCCAAUUGUGCGCUGCCCAUGAGUCUCCCGGUCGCGGCCGGCUGCGACAGAGCCUGGAUUCGAACCAGGAUCUCUAGUGGCACAGCUAGCACUGCAAUGCAGUGCCUUAGACCACUGCGCCACUCAGGAGACUAUGUAAUAGAGGUUCCCUUUGUAAGUGGGUCAAGCUGGGAAGGAAGAAUGCCCUGUAACCUGAGGACACUCAAAUCCCUCAUCCCAUUGAAAGGGGCAGCCUAAUUUCCCAGCAGCCCCUUGUGCUUUGUUCAGGCUUGGCUGCCUCCUCCUCUGAGUAAGUAGUCCUUGAGAUUCCUGGACCCUGUAUGUAUUUGAACACUCCCCUGGGUCAACUGCACUGCACAGAGAAGGAGAGGGCCAUGCUGCUCUGAUCAGUUGAUUGGAGGGUAUGUGGAGCCACUGACCUUUCAUUGGCUAAUAAGAAAACGGAGUAGCUGCGGAUCCCUCUUCCCGACAGCUAAAGGUCCGAAGCUUCUGCAAAUGUUGGGAAUUCUCUACUUUACCUACAGUCACUGCUCUACUGUUCAUCUGCCCAGAGAACAGACUUCUCUAGGGAAUGGUGAUUGUUUAUUAAAGUUAGAUCAAUGCUGAAUCAAUGUCUGCAACAUCACAUAAUUAUAGUAUUCUACAUAACAUAACCUAAUAUAAUAGCAUAGUAUAACGUUACUGUAAGAAAAAAAACAAGAAAGAAAACAUUUCAUUUGAGAUUUUAGGAUGAUUGUGCGAAUGGUAGCAUUUUUCUCUAAUGUGGCCAAAAUAUGGGCUUUGAUGAAAACUAAACACAGGUAAGCUUAUGCUAAAGUUUGUUAACACCAUCUGCUCAAAAAUGUGCUCACUGAUCUAACUUUCAUAAAUGAAAACAACACUGUAGGCUACUUCACUGUUUAACUCAAGAAGAUCUAAAUGCAUAUCCCCAUGAAACGGAUUGAGAUCAAAUGGUUGCCAUGCAGACCCUGCAUGGCAUUUCAGCUGUAAAACUUCACCUGUAAAAUAAUUAUAAUUCACGACUGACAGUGAGAAAUAUGAAGGUGUGAAGGGAGGGUGACCACAAACAUUGGUGAGUAAAGUAGAGGUAAAAACACAUGAGCAGAACAUGAUUGGGAUCCUCAGCUCUGAGGAAAAGGGAUCGAGGAGGGUGGGGCGGGGGCUGGAUUACCUACGGAUCCGCAGACUAGGCCAUAAGAUAAACCAAUGUGUGGGCGAUAGAUGUGUAGCUUAUGCUUCGUAAAUCCUUUCCCUGACAUUCUUAUCAUACUGUGAAGGUUAAUGUAUUAUAGAAAUAACAUUUCCCAUUACAGAUCCGUAGUAGCAUAUUGAUACAUCAGAUAUUGUUUAUUGGCCACAUUGAAAAUAGAAAAUAGGCUCCCCAGGUUUUACUUUGGCAUCAUAUGAUGCUCCUGUAAGUCGCUCUGGUUAAGAGCGUCUGCUAAAUGACUAAAAUGUAAAUGUAAAUGACUCCCCAUGUGAUAACAGUGAUUGUUUAGACCUAUUGAAGUGAAAUCAUUUGGAUGUCAGGUUAUCAGCACACACUCUAUCCUGGUCAUAGAGGCUGUUUUGUGUAUCCAACGGAGUGGUUCAGUAGACCCUGUCUCUCCUCUAUCUGUCCUGCAGGUAUUCUGUGGAACAUGUCCUCAAAGGACAGUCUGAAGGAGAAGUUGGCCAGAGAGACAUUGAGUGAGCUCACAGAGAGGGUGCUGGUGCCCCUGUGUAGUGGUGGAGAUUCAGAGCUGAUCCAUCAGAGUCCAUCUGAGGCAGACAUCUUCUACAACACCACAGGUUGCCUAAGGUAGCUAUACCUAUCUACCUACAUUUUGUAUACAUACACAAUGUACACGGACUGAUACAUGUACUGUAUACAGCUUCUCUGUACUCUCUUCCUCUGUUCAGGAACCUGAGCUCAAUGAACGAGAGGACUAGGCAACAGAUGAGAGACAUGCGAGGGCUGGUGGACUCUCUGGUGGCCUACAUCCAGAACUCCCUUCAGGAUGAGAAAACAGAGGACAAGGUCCACCAACUGCUCUCCUUAUGGCACAUUUUUGUGUGUUUCUUUCACAACGUGAUUGCUUCUUUUUCUGGGCAUGUUAUUUCAGGUCAAAACCUUUUUCCUGAUUUUAAUAUCUCAUUUGAUUUGAUCUCAUAUACUACAGGCUUCAGCAACUCAUGGGUUCAGCUGGGGUAGAGUGAGAGCCAAUCAAUGUAUCUGUACAGUUCAUCAUUAGUGGUUCUAUUUGUAAUUUCUACCAGACAGCUAGACUGGUCAUGCUGUGGCCUAUCUGCUGUGCCUUAUGUAACUCAUGCUGCUCUGAGAGACACAAUGGCCACCAGUGUUUCCCUCUCACUCUCUCUCUCUCUCUCUCUCUCUCUCUCUCUCUCUCUCUCUCUCUCUCUCUCUCUCUCUCUCUCUCUCUCUCUCUCUCUCUCUCUCUCUCUCGCUCUCUCUCUCUCUCUCUCUCUCUCUCUCUACCCAUCUUUGUCUGUGCCUGCAGGGUGUAGAGAAUGCAGUGUGUGUCCUGAGGAACCUGUCUUAUCAGCUGUACAGUGAGAUCCCUCCCUCAACCCUACGGCGACUGGAGGGGCCUACGCGGGCCAGAGCCACUACUGAGACUGAGUCCAUUGGCUGUUUCACCCCACAGAGCAAGAAGGCAAAGGAGGUAGCUGUCAUUUACACAAGGCAAACCAAAAGGAAAUAUCAAAUUGCGGCUAAACCUCAAGAUACUGAAACAUGUACAGUAUGUUGUCAUGCAAUCCUGAUGGAUAUGGGACCAUGAUCUGUUUUUUUUUUAAUUAAUCUAUCUCCCUGAUCUCUAUAGCGACGGAACCAGGAACUGUCCACCUUCUCAGAGGUGGCUAAUCAGCCGAAGGGGGCGGAGUGGCUGUGGCACCCCCAGGUGGUGGGGCUGUAUAACCGCGUGCUGCAGCACUAUGAGACCAACACGGCAACACGAGAGGCUGCAGCAGGGGCCCUGCAGAACAUCACAGCCGGAGAGACCAGGGUAGGUCCCACCCCUCCUCUGCCCCACGGGCUGACCUAGCCAUCACUCUCACCAUGACAGGCUACUUAUGCAUCAUUCAGAUUUACAGUUAAACUGAAAAUGUACUCACCACUGGUGUUGAAUUCCCCUUCCUCCCUGUGUAUCAGUGGGCGUCAGUGCUGAGUUGGGUGGCUUUAGAGCAGGAGCGGAUGCUGCCUGUGGUGUUGGACCUCCUGCAGACACACAGCGAUCUGGAGAUGCGUUCCCUCACUGGCCUCCUGAGGAACCUGUCCCGACACAGCAGAAACAAGGAUGACAUGGGUGAGACUCUCAACCCCCAGUACCCCACACUGUUCAUUUCUACCUCUGUCUCUCCUGCCUGCAACCUUGUAUCCAUCCAUUCCAUGCACAUUAAUCACAGUAAUUCCCCUUAUAAGAGACUUUAAAGAAUGGCUACUUCUCUCCCUUCUGACCUCCAGCUACGAAGGUAGUGAACAUUCUGGUGACCAAGCUCCCCACCGAUGGCCACCAGAAGGAACCCUCCGGUGAAGUGGUGGUCAACAUAUGUGGGACCCUCAACAACCUGGUUGCAGGCAGCUCACUCGCAGCGAGAGACAUCGCCUACUUUGACGGACUCCCCAAACUUGUUGCAAUAAAGUCUUCCCACGACAACAGGUUAGUGAAUCUUGUCUCUCAGUGUUCUUGGUUUUGUUAUUCAUUGUGUCUGCUUUUUAUUUCCAAUUUCCUGUCUGGCUCCCAUUGUGUUUGACUAUGUUUCUCUCCUACUGUAGCUCAGGGAAGCUGAAGGCUGCCAAGGCUGCUUCCACGGUACUCUUCAACAUGUUCCAGUACAACAAGCUGCAUAAAGAUUAUAAACAG